GGGCCGGCCCGGCCCGGCCAUGACCCUGCGGCGGCGGCGGCGGCGGCGGCUCCGGCCGAAGGACGAUGAGGCACCGGCGGUGGCCCCGGAGAACCCCGGGCCCGCCGAGCUGUACCGAGCGCUGGCGGCGGCCGGCGGGACCCUGCCCCGCGUGCGCAAGGACACAGGGUUCAAGUGGGCAUCCCCGAGCCAGUCACCAGAGGAGCACAGGAGGGUGGUGAUGCUGGAGAAGAAGGCAGAGGAGUCCUUCGGCUUCGAGAUCCAGACCUACGGGCUGCACCACCAGGACAGGAACAGCGUGGAGAUGUUCACCUUCGUGUGCCGCGUGCACGACGGGAGCCCGGCCGAGGCCGCGGGGCUCAAGGCUGGGGACACCAUCACGGGCGUGAACGGGCUGAACGUGGAGGGCAUCCGGCACCGGGAGAUCGUGGAGAUCAUCAAGAGCUCGGGCAACGUUCUCCGGCUCGACACGCUCUAUGGCACGUCCAUCCGCAGGGCCGAGCUGGAGGCCCGGCUGCAGUACCUGAAGCAAACCCUCUAUGAGAAGUGGGGGGAGUUUCGCUCGCUGAUGGUGCAGGAGCAGCGGCUGGUGCGGGGUGUGGUGGCCAAAGACCCCAGCAUCUACGACACGCUGGAGUCCAUCCGCUGGUGCCUGCAGGGGGAGGGACUGCCGGGGGGCUCCUCCCGUGCCAGCGGCAGCGAUGAUUCCCUCUACCAGACCUGCGUCUUCGCCUCUUCCAGCUCCCUGGACGGGGACAAGGAUGGCGACAAGGACAAGGAUGAGGACAGCGGGGGUCCCGCGCCCCCUCCGCCGCGCCCCCGACCCGCCCUGGCCCGCAGCGCCAGCCUCAAGUGUGCGGGGCCACCGGGGGCUGCGGGGAGGCUUUGGGCCCGGGCCGGGGACCCCGGGGACGGAGCAGCCGCCCCCCGCAAGAACCGGCACAGCAGCUUCCGCCGGCGGCUGCUCAAGUUCAUCCCGGGGCUCAACCGGGCGCUGGAGGAGGAGGAGAGUCACCUCUAGCCCCCCCCGGCCCCCCAGGACUAUUUAUUUAUUUAUUGCCAGGGGCUUCGUUCCCCCGGCCCCCGGCCCUGGGGGCUGCAAAGCUCCUCCGGGAAGGAGGUUUGGGUUUUUGGGUUGGCCCCAGGGGUUCUGAUUUGCCCCCCGGGCCGAUGCUGAGGGAUGGACACGACACCAAGGGACAGACGUGAGGACCCUCCCGAAGCGGCUGUACCCUCGGGAACGGGGGGAGCACCGGGGGAGCCCCGCACUCCGCAGCCUGGGGGGGUCCCACCCUGCCCCCCCACAACCCCCCCGGGCUGUUGUUCGCGUCGGUGCUCGCCAAUACAGAGAGGAUUUGCGGCGA